ACGAUCGUCCUUGACAUUAAUCCAAGAUUAACGACUAUGAUCUCUUUGUGGCAUUAGUACGGGAUUUAAAAUAUUUUUUUCCCGGCUCUAACAACGAAGCAUUUGAUGUAUCUGUUAUAUGAAAAAAAUACACGUGCAUAUAACGGAAUAUAGGCAAUUAGUAAAUGGAAUAAGAUAAAUGUCACAAAAAUUUCAAUGCGUCAUUGCAACUAAUAUUUUAACGAACUUUCACCUUUUUUAUUUAUGAUCUUUGUUAAAUAGAGAAACAAUAUGGCCGCCGUGGGACGAAACGAGAAAAUAUCACGUAGCAAGUACGUAAUUUCUUAUCGAUGGAAAUGAAACAAAAUUUAUAAUUUCAAAUUAAUCUAGGCGAAUAACGUAAGUGGCUCAAUACAGAUAGUAUUUUGAGUCAGGGGAGUGUGUGUGUAUAUAUAUAUAUAUAUUAUACGUACACCUAGAAAGAUAGAAACAGGGACGAAUGGUCCACGAGAGCAUGGUGGUGCGCUUCAUUUCGCGCAUGCUACCUUAUCAUGUGGGGGUUGCUUGAAUCCAGAGUGGAUAAGAGAAAGAGAGAGAGAGAGAGAAUGAGUGGUGCAAUGGUGGGAGAAAAGAGGGUGACGAACAUAUAAAGAUAGGGUGACUUCGAAAUAUCGUCACUGCUUUGAUUAAUACACGCUAGCAAGUUUUCCCGCGGUUCUCUUCGUAGAAAAAUUUCGAAUAAAUUGUGACACGUGACGUUAACACGAUUUUCCUUCGUGUUAUCAUACAAGUCUCAUUAUUCCAAACAAAUCACGUUGAUUCGAAUCGCGUUGAUUUUGCACGAGCAUGUCUUCUUAUCAUCACGAGGCGGAUCACAUUAACGUUACUGUUAAUGAAGAAAUAAGUGCAGUUAUUUACGUGGGUGCAUCCGUUGCACUCGGUGUUAUCGGCUUUCUUGGUUUCACUCUAAAUUUGAUUGUCGCAUUUAUCAUCGUCAAGGAUGCUCAAUCACUCUGGACUCCUGUCAAUGUAAUUCUCUUCAACAUGGUUGUUGGUGAUUUUAUGGUAGCCGCUUUGGGGAAUCCUUUGGCAAUGAUUUCGGCGAUCACCGGUGGAUGGUAUUGGGGCUAUAACAUGUGUCUUUGGUACGCUUGGUUCAUGUCGACAUUGGGAUUCGCUAGUAUCGGUAACUUAACCGUGAUGGCUGUCGAAAGAUGGCUGUUGAUCACACGACCGAUGAAAGCAUUGUCGAUUCGACACGCCAUGUUUCUCGCAUUUGCGGUGUGGAUGUACGCACUGUCCUUGUCGUUACCACCACUUUUCGGUUGGGGUAGUUACGGUCCAGAGGCCGGAAAUGUAUCCUGUAGCGUGUCCUGGGAGAUUCACGAUUCAGCAACUAAUAGCGACAGUUACAUAGGAUUUCUAUUCGCUCUCGGACUCGUUCUGCCUGUCAUCAUUAUAGUCACAAGCUAUUUUGCAAUUGUGACAACUACCAUAAGAGUCAAGAAAAAAGCCGGUGCCAGAGGAAGACGCGAGGCAAAAGUAACGAGAAUGGUAGCACUGAUGAUAAGCGCUUUUCUCAUCGCUUGGUCACCCUACGCUGCUCUUGCUCUUGCUGCUCAAUAUUUUAACGCGAAACCGUCACCCUCGGUAGCCGUAUUACCAGCUCUCCUGGCUAAAUCCUCCAUUUGUUACAAUCCUAUCAUUUACGCUGGAUUAAACGCUCAGUUCCCGCGGUCUUUGAAAAAGAUUCUUGGUAUUCGUGAUAUCCAAACUGGCACGAACGGCAGUCAACAGACUGCUUUGACUACGAUCAACAAACAGGAGCAGAAGCACUGAAAACAACCAAUCGGAAACCUGGGUUCUCUUGGGUUUCGACUACAUAUCGCGCGUGAAUGCUGCAACUUGGAUAAGAUUUAUCUUAUUUUAUCGAAACUUCGUAUGUAUGUAUAUAUUAUAUGUUUCCGUAUAUGUUACCUCUGUAUGUAUCUAUAUAUACGUAUUUGGAAUAACA